AUGUCUGCAGUCAAACCGCCAGCAACUCAGAAGCCUUCUGCAGCUCAAAACGCUCCAAAGCAAGCUCAAGCACGUCCUCUUCCUUCUCCUCAAGCUCAAUCCACACAUACACACGGAUCUUCCCUAGACAGAACUCCCAACCCCGCGAAACCAGCCAAAAAGCCCAGCCUCUUCAGCCGAAUGUUCGGCGGCUCAAGCCAUCAUCCUACUCCAACUCCGCCACACAACCCGCACCCACAUGCACCGGGCGCAGUUAUUCGUCCUCCUCCGCCUUCAUUCAGCGGGCUGACUGGGCCUCGUCUCGUUGGCAAUCAAGCUGCGUCGAUGCCGAAUAAGGCGCAGAAGAUGGCCGGCGGUGGGAAGCCGCCCAAGCCGCUGAAGCCGCAAGUUCUGGACAUGGUAGUGGCCAUGGUCCUUCUCAUGGUCCUUCUCCUGGGCCUCAUGGCCCUCAAGGGCAAGGGCAUGAUCCGCAUGGUUCACAUCCUCCGGCUCACACUCAUGGACACGUUCAGAGUCAUGGUCACGGUCACAGUCCUAUUCAUGGACCGAGUCCACACCACAGUCAUAGCAACACCGGGAGCCAUACUGGUAGCCAGGGUAGCAGCCCCAACUCCAGCCAAACCUCGCUCCACAGCCAUACAACUACCAACAGCCACAACCCUAAUGAAACUAAUACGGAUCCGGCUCAGGCGACACCAAACGAGAAUCGGCCUUCGGUCUCUACGGUUUCGCCUACCCAGUCUGGCGUUGAAUCCUCGACUAAUGGGCUGGCGGCGGGGGCCUGAAUAUAGCCCUACGAGCUACCCACCAGGUCAAAGCCCGACGUCGCCUGGUUUCAGCGGCCCUCAGUAUCCGGGUGCAUGUGAUCCGCCCGCGCCACCGCCAUACCCUAACGACCGGUACGGUACUGGAUACGACCCCAGAUAUACCAAUGUAAACAGUCCGAAUCGGCCUGGAUACUCUGGCCCAACUCCUACACACCCAUGGAGUAACACGGGAACUUACGACCCUAGCCGACCAGGCGUCUAUGACCCGCCUUACAACCCCGGCUUCGCUAGUUCCGACCUUCAAAAUAAAAACCAGACAGGGGCUAAUCCCUAUAAUCCAGAGGCGCCGGGAGGACUAGACAGGUCUAAUCCAUGGCAAACUCAACAAGCACCUUACGGGACUAGUCCUGGUCUAGCUCUGGGCCAAACGGGCGCGUACGAUCUUGCGGUAGUGGUUGGAAGCGACCGCUCCAUCUUGGCGGGAUAUGCGCCAUGUGUUCAACAGCCACCGGGACCGUAUCAAGCAAAUAGUGCGAAGCCUUCUGGUGCUGGUAAGGGGGGGUUGAUUGCGGCUGGGGUGGGUGGUGCGGCGCUGGGAGGUUUGGCUGCGGCGGGGAUUAUGCAUGGCAUGAAUGGUGCGAAGGAUGAUGAGGAUGGUGAAGGUGAAUACAAUGAUUCCGAGGAUGGGGAGGAUGAAGAUGACGAUAAUACUGAUGAGGAUGAUGAGGAUGAUGAGGAUGAUGAGGAUGAUGAGGAUGAUGAGGAUGAUGAGGAUGAUGAGGAUGAUGAGGAUGAUGAGGAUGAUGAGGAUGAUGAGGAUGAUGAGGAUGAGGAUGGCAGUGAGGGCGAGGACGAAGACGACUACUAG